AUAAACGCCGCCAGAAAUGCCUGUUGAUAAAAUUCCACCAGAAUGCCAGAUUACUUCGCAUGAAUAGGACUGGGACUGAAAGUUGGUGGUCAGCUAGAAGGGCCUGGUGAGAGGUUCAUUAUUACACUAAAGGGUAGUUAUCCGUUCAGGUCAUCCACUGAACCUAUUCUCAAGUUUAAUCUUAAUGUGAUACGUCUAUCAUGCUCAUUACAAUUACAGUGUCAAAGGCGCAGAAAUAACAUCCAGGCAGCCAGUUACAAGAAACCGCAUAUUGGCUCGUUGUUGGGUGAAGUAAAUUUUACUAUCACCCUGAAGACUGACUCUGAGAGUUAAACACAGCAUUUAUCGGGAUAUUGAUUCAAAACUUGAAUUCCAGCCUUCUUUGCCAAACAAUGAACCCCCGCGCCCGACCAACUGAUAAGAAUCAUAGUGGAGAUAUCCCUCCGGUAUACAGAAUCGAUCUUUCCCUGCCUCCUGCACAACGAUAUGUAGAGGUCGCCGGGGUAUAUCGAGAAAGGAUGAGGUCUUUGACCAGUCUAUUCGACGAGCUCGUCGAGUCCAUCUUCCCUGCCGUAAAUAUCAGAUGGGUGAAACGUGCUGCCCGCCUACUGCUCCGGCGCCUCUAUACUCACGAGGAAACGGAGGAGAUCAAGGGGAUAAGUCAAACCACUGACAUCCCUCUGUAUUUAUUGGUGUCACUUAAUGUGCUCCUCGACCUGCUCAUGGGGUGCACCAGUGGCGGCGCGAGAUGUAGAGAUGCACAUGAUGUAGAUUCGAAAAUGCUACAUUUUCGCACUCUCGACUGGGACAUGGAUGGCCUACGGCAGCUGAUUGUCCAGCUAGAAUUCGUCCGCAGUCCUCACACCGAACAAGUCCUCGCGACAAGCAUUACUUAUGUUGGUUUUGUCGGAGUCCUAACGGGCGUGAGGGAGAAUCUUAGCGUUUCGUUGAAUUUCCGCCCAUAUCAUGAUACGAGCAGGCGCUUUGGCAAUGUGAAAUUUUACGCGAGCCAUAUCCUCGUCUUGUUAGGGAUUCGCCGUUCUAUAUCCUCUUUGCUUAGGCAGUGUAUCCUUCCACCAGCUCCGACGAAAUGGAGUAUUUUCACCAAGGUGUGGAGAGGAGCACGUCGACCCGCCCACCAUGGUUUAUCUCUUGGUGCCAUAGCAGCGGAACUAUCACAGACCCCCACGACUGCAGCGUAUGUAAUUUUUAGCGACGGGAACUCCACCACUGUCCUUGAAAAGGACUAUAGAUCCGCCGUUACCCGCACUUCCUCGUCAUUCAUCGUAGCUACAAACAGCGACAUAGAGGACGAAUCCACUGAUUCAACCACAAGAACCGACAAUCUUGCUUCACCACAACCUCAGGCCGUCCAGCUAGCUGGCCUAGAAGAAUUGGUAGAGGAUAGCGUCGAACGAAGAACGUACAUGCAAGGUUUUUGGGAUGCGAAGGAGAAGUCAAGACAGUCCAGCCACCCGCAGGCAUCCACAGAUAGACAGAAGCGAGACCCGCUUCACCGCACACGCGCUUCCAGAGUAGCCGCCAGGCAACAACAAACUGCCAUGUCAUCCUCAACAUCAUCGAGCACAUCUCAAGACUACGAACCUCAGCAGGGAGUCGACGAAGCUACCUCCGAGAUUCAAGAGGUCACCGCCUCACCAGCUGAAAUCAUAAGAUGGACGAGCACCUACCCAAUUACGAAUGAGAUGACGCAUUUUGCAACUGUCAUGGAUCCUAUGGAGGGUAAAAUUGUUUGGGUGAGACGAUAUACCCGCCCAUUGCGCUGGUAGUCCAGGGUGAGGUGAUAGGGCUUUUUAGCUGCUUGUUAUAUGCGACGAUAAAUAAAGUAUUGUUAACAACUCCUCCCCCACUACAUUCUUUUCCUGGCGCAGGAUACUCACUUGACAUCUAUCUUUGUGGAGAUGGAGAUGGAAUGAACUUCUUUGAAGAGGCGCAGAGCGGAGAAAAUCGCAAAGGGUUAACGUACGAUCACAAGGUUGGUUGGCCCACUUCUAUAUCGACAUAUUUCUCCGUUGUUAUAGUUGUUAUGUUCUCCAUCUUUUCCUUGUUAUUACCUUACAAAACAAUUGCGCACCGAAAGAGAUGUUUUGCGGAUUCUCUGUUCUGGUGUAUGCCAUUUUAAGUGAAAAGUAAAAAAUUAUGGAAAGAGGUCAUGUAGCUCAGAAAGGAAGACAGAAGAGGAAAUCGUAGGUAGCCGUUGCUGCUAGACAUGUACAUAACAAUUAAAAGGCAAGCGACUAAUUCUAUCAUGCAGGUAGAUGAGGUAUAUAUGCAUAAGUAAAAGUAAAUACUCCACGCGAUAAAGAAAAAAAGAAGACAUUUCUAAUCCGUG